AUGGCACUCGCCGCCGCGCAUCUCCGCGUGGCCAGGCCGACGGACAACAUGGACGCGCUGCUGCCCUUUUACCGCGACGGGCUGGGCUUCGAGGUUCUGCUGCGCUUCCGGGACCACGAGGGCUUCGACGGGGUCGUGCUGGGACACGGAGGCGCCGCGUACCAUCUCGAGUUUACGAGCAAGACGGGCCACGCGGCGGGGAGGGCCCCGACGCGGGACAACCUCCUCGUCUUUUACCUGCCUGACUCGGAGGCCCAUGGCGCGGCGGUUUCGAGCAUGGAGAGGAGCGGCUUCAGCCCUGUGGCCAGCUUCAACCCGUACUGGGACCGGUGCGGGACGACAUUUGAAGACGCCGACGGCUACAGGGUCGUUUUGGCCCGUGUGGCGGCGCCUAUUUAG